AUGUUUGCUGCUGGUCUUGAGGGUGUUGAAAGCUUUAGUGGUGGGUCAAAUCGCACAAUAACUUUUCAGCCUGGAGGAUCUGUCACCAUCCCAUGUCAUUAUAAUGAGAAAUAUACAUUGCAGAAGAAAUACUGGUAUUCAGACAUUAAUGUAUCUCUUAAAUACACAAACACAACAGAGGAGAAUCUGACAGUAAUUGAUCAUCCUGAUCAGAGUCUUUUUACUGUCACCAUGAGGAACCUGCAGACGAAUCAAGCUGGAAAGCAUCAUUGUGCUGUGGAGACUAAAGAAAAUCCACACACAUAUGAUUGUUACCUGCAGGUUAAAGCUGAUUCUUAUGUGUUUGUAAUGAACAGCAGUGUAUCUGGACAUGAAGGUGGUAAUGUCAGUGUCCAGUGUUUCUACAGUUCUGGAUAUCAGAAUAACACCAAACGCUGGUGCAGAUAUAAAGAUCAGAGGUGUUUCACAGAGAAGACUGACACAUCCCAGAAUCCAUCAGUGCAGAUCAGUGAUGAUGGUGAAAGCUCCUUCACUGUGCUGAUGACUGAACUGAGACUCUCUGAUUCUGGAUGGUAUUUCUGCUCUGCUGGAAUUCAUAUAUUUCCUGUUCAACUCACUUUAACAAAGGCAGAAUCAGAAAGGAAACAGGAAUGA